AAAUUCGGAAUGAGGUUUCCAGUCAAGAUCACACGACAGUUUACUUGUACGCAAGCAUAUAAAAGAUGCAUUGACGCAGGAAUCCGGAUAGGUGCGCCACGCUGCAGCAGUCAGGCAACCUCAGUCUGUGUGUGUCCGUUUCGCGGACCUAGAUGACGAGUCCAGUCGAGAGCGAAGGACGCAAAUGAUCAUACACAUAUGGACUAAACCUUUCUGGAAUUCAGUCUGUCGUGGGGGUAAAAUCCCAGCAUCUAAAGGAGAUCCUUCCGCACGACGACUAGGUAACUUCGCUAGCAAGACGACUCAAACACUUCUGCUUUGCCCCGUCUGCUGACUCAGCUUAGUACAUUAGUCUUUGAGGCAAUUUUCGUCAAAAAAAGACUCUCCGACUCUCUGCGGUUCUGUGUUCGCCGGUCCGGUCAAUGACCGGAGGCAAACAGGAGCGCGUCUAUGCCGUUCGUGAGACUCACCAGCGGUUCUCCAGAAAACCAGACAGUGCCAACUCCCACACAUGAGAGGUUGCACUGAGAUGCAGCGACCUUCCUGCCAUUUGAGAGGGAAGCAACUUAAUUCUUUAAACAAGUGCACAAUCUCCCAGAGCUGCAUGAGCUCUAAGGUCAGAACGGGAAACGCAGUCCGUAGAAGCUCGAAUCAGACAGACUGCUCAGCUCACACUUCCAGCCGGUGCCUUUACGCAUAUUUGUUUUUAAACGUAAUAUGCGGUUUUGCGUUGAGGAAAAGGUUGUUCGCGGCUUUCCAGGCUCUCUUACCAUAAAGUGUGAGGUCCGCCGUGCCUAUGUAGCGCCUGUCUCCCGUGCAUGCAGGGAAACGUUUACAUGCAGGCGACUUCUUGGCUUUGCGUCGUUUUGACGGAAGACUGCAGGAUGUUUUCCUUCCACCAUAGCCCGUUUUUCUCGUUGAUUGACGCGUGCGUUCUCCUCGUUUAGCGUCGAUUCUCACGCUGUUUCUGCUGAUGCUUCGUCGCCCGUUGUUUUAUGGUGCCCGGCGUCGGUGUUUGAAAGAAAGGCAACACUUUUCAGGGUUUGUUUUCCGUUGCUCGGCGAUUUUGCGUCGGAAAAUUUCCAGAAGUCCUGUCUGUCGAUCCAUAUCUGCGUUUCUUGUUGCGGCUUCCGCUGCCUGUCCCGCUUCACCCCACCUUCCGCUCGACAGAGCGCAGCGACUGCCUCGCCACCAUGAGAGUUCCUGGAUUUCCUUCCCUCACUUUCCGAGCAGACUCGUUACUCGUUCAGUGCUGCAUCGCCGCAUGCGUCUGGUAUGGACCUCAAGAUGCAGCGGCCGUUGGGCUCAUGUACUGGCUGGGACGUCAGCACGGCAAGAAAGUGACGCCUCCUCACAAGCUCGCUUCUGACGGCCAGACAGCCCUCCAGGACUUCCUUAGACGCAAGAACCUUACUAGCCAGCAGGUCACAGUGGACUGGAAAGGCGCCAACGGCUACGUGAAUCUCCGAAGCUGAGGAGAGUGCAGAUCAGAGAUUCCGUGGCAGACCCUGUUGAGAAAGGCAUUCCACACAACGAUACGCCAUCCGCAAUUGUAGCUGCAAAUGGUGUCCAGAACUGCGCUGAAAUGCAAAAAAAAUUAUCGUACGAGUGGUGCGACACUUCCGGAACUGAGGAUGAAGACGCUGCGGCAGUUCCACUCCACUCGACCGCAACAUCGGAAGAAGUAACCACCGACGGAUGCCUGUUUUUGCUGUUGUAGCGGCACACUACAUCCGUGUUCUGAUCGGGAUGAAGUCAGAUGUUAGGUCUUACGGUCGGCUGGUCCAUUGUGGUUUCUCCCCAGAAUCGUUGACCUUUGUGAAAUCCAGUGGAAUGAGUGCGUACCUUAGCGUGAAUGUCGCCAAGACAAAACUGUGGCAACUUUCAUCGAUUUCCCGAGUAAUCUGCUGCCUUGGGAUUCGGUGACUGACGAAACAAACGCGUGGCACUAACAUGCUACGCAGAAGUCAGGGGAGUCGUUGACAGUUGUGAAUGAGAACCCAGAAACUCGCUCCUCAUAAUACAUCGUUUCGCUUGCGUGUUCUAUUCAUUUAAUCUCGGUCGUUUCAGUACAGAACUGGGGUGCGGGAGACAGAGUGAAAAAUCUGUACAAACGUUUGCUCUCAAGCACACCACGGCACCGUUGGGUGGUUUUCCGCUGCUGGUGGGGAAGAGACCUCAAAAAUCCCGUCCUUCUGGAGAUACGGAUGAACGCAGAAGGAAAAUGUGGCACCCAGCAGCACACUGAAUGAGUGGCCGCGGCUUCGCUUCGAUAAAUACGAACCGGAUACCGACCGGUCUGUUUGUACUUUGCUCCUCGUUACCCAAUGUACGAACUCAUCGGACGGUUGCGGUCGGACGAGUGGGAAAGCGGUAAACAUAAAACCACUGCCGGA